AUGGAUUUUGUAGUCACAUAUUUCCCCUCUUGCAGGUACAACUGUGGAUACAACCUCGGCAGCUGCUCAUGCACCUACAACUGUCAGUCCUAUGGCAACUGUUGCCCUGACUACGACAACUACUGCUCUAUGACAACUGACUGGCCAGCUACAACAGAUUUCCCCUCCUGCAGGUACAACUGUGGAUACAACCUCGGCAGCUGCUCAUGCACCUACAACUGUCAGUCCUAUGGCAACUGUUGCCCUGACUACGACAACUACUGCUCUAUGACAACUGACUGGCCAGCUACAACAGAUUUCCCCUCCUGCAGGUACAACUGUGGAUACAACCUCGGCAGCUGCUCAUGCACCUACAACUGUCAGUCCUAUGGCAACUGUUGCCCUGACUACGACAGCUACUGCUCAACUACAACAGCAACAACAACAGAAACAACAUUGAUUGAUACAACAGAUCCCUCCUGCAGGUAUAACUGUGGAUACAACCUUGGCAGCUGUUCAUGCACCUACAACUGUCAGUACUAUGGCAACUGUUGCCCUGACUACGACAGCUUGUGCUCAACAACAGGACCGGAAACAACUUACUGGCCAGAUACAACAGAAUCUCCCUCCUGCAUGUAUAACUGUGGACACAACUUCAGCAGCUGCUCAUGCACCCACGACUGUCAGUACUAUGGCAACUGUUGCCCUGACUUUCACUGGUAUUGCCCAUCGUAUACAACACGGAGAGACUUAACAACAGUUUCUCAACAGUGUGGAGGACACCUGUAUGGAUCUGGGCUGUUUUCCAGUCCAAACUACCCAAACUAUUACCAUGACAAUGCCUACUGUGUGUGGUAUCUCUCUGCUCAGCAAGGACAGAGGAUCUUCCUGUCAUUUGCUGAUGUGCAGUAAGUGAGAGACAUCUAUCUAUUUAUCUAUCUCUCU